GAAAAUGUUUAGAUGGACCCGAUUAAUUGGCGCUCUGGUGUGACUUCGCAUCGUGCUGCUUCUCUUCAGGCUUCGCAGGCCUCCUGCACAAGCAACAUUUGGCAUGCUGACAGUGAUGCAAGAGGUGUCUGGAGAUCUCUUUGAAUCCUGAAUCGACAGACCGAAGGGCGGUCGUGCUGGUCGCUCAAUGCCACUGCACAUGGGGACGUCUUUCAGAAGGGCCCCGAGCCUCGCGAGAAAUGAAAGUUUCAGCUCGGGGACGAGGCGUGAGAGCGGCAGUGGAUUUGGAAAUGCAGAAUUUGACGCCCGUGCAGCAGGGCAAAGUCUCGCAUCUGUUCUCAACAAUCCAAACAACAGAAGUGGUGCAAGUCAAGGGACCGAUCAGUCAUGGGGGGGGUGGUUAUUCACAUCAAGUGCGGACCCGGGGCAAGAGGUCGUCCCGCCGCUGGCUCCAGGCACACUUCCUGAAGUUUCUAGAGCUGAUUUUGACGCCUAUUUGAGGGGCAUUGGUGACAAGUACAGCCGCUUUGUGGACAUUCAAGAGCAUGACAGCCGGGAGCAGAGUAACAAGGCGAGUGCCUUGGGCUCUGGAGUGGCGGGAAAUGAGCAGGAUACAAAGAAGGCGGGGCAAGUUCAAGGGGAGGGCCUCCUGGCGUGUAUGCGAGAGAUUCCGUCGCUGUACUUUGACGAGGACUUUGCAUUGGAAAGGGCCGCCACGUUUCAAGCCGCCUGCCCCUACUCCUCCGUCCCUGCAAACAUGAUGCUCCAGGAGAAACUCUCACAUUAUCUAGACCUCGUAGAGGUCCACCUUGUGAAAGAGAUCUCGGCCCGGUCAGAUUCCUUUUACGAGGCGCUAGGGGCACUCGAGGAGCUGUACGGCAAGAUCAUCGCAGCGAAUGAGAGGGUGUCUGUGCUGAAGUCAUCAAUGCAGGAGAUGGAUACGGGGCUGAUUGAGUCUGCGAGGCAGGUGCAGAAGCUGGGGCUGAGAAAGGAUAACCUGUUGAAGCUGCACCAGAAGCUGAAGCUCGUAGACCACGUGCAUCAGUCUCAGGCGACUCUGCGGCUGUUGGUGGCAUCAGGGGACUGCUCCACUGCACUCGACGUGAUUGAUGACAUGAGGAGAAUGCUGGAAGGCGAUGAGUUGGUCGGUUUGCACUGCUUCCGACGACUGGGGGAAGAGCUGGACACAUCGGUCGAAUCCGUAAACACCGUAAUGGCUGCGGACUUUGUACGAGCCGCUGUGCAUGCGACAGGAGAUCUUGAUCCCGCUGCGAUUCUGGAGAGCUUCCAGAACCGGGAAAAACUAGGCGAAAGCAGGCCUGCGGUCACGGAGGAACAAGUCACAGAGGACAUUGCGUCGAUCCGCGACUCCCUGCUUCCGCUUCUAGUUGGCCUCAUCCGAACGGCGCGGCUCCCCCCUGUAUUGCGGGACUACCGCGAGGUCCUGGUGACGGACAUCAAGGCGUCCAUCAAAGUGGUCGUCGCUGAGGUUCUGCCGAUCAUGUGGGCGCGCCCGGGGAACGGCGAGAUCGUGCACGAGGAUGGGGACGAAAAAGGGCUGACGCUCGCGGCGCGCUUGAGAGCGCUGACGGCCGAGAACUUCGUGAAGCUUCUGUCGGCUGUCUUCGAAAUCGUCGAGGUCCGGUUGAUACGCGCAAUCGAAGUGAAGACCGUCAUUGAGCAAGUCAUGACCGGUCUGGACGACGCCCCGGCCUUGGCCAGCUCCUCCAACGGCUCUGCCAAGAAGGGGGAGCGAGGAAGCGAUGCGGCCGAUGCGGGCUCCAAGCAAUUCAAAAUGGAGGUGCUUCGGGAGAGUUCGGAGUCUAUCUUCGCCGCGUGCGACGCUGCUCACGGGCGGUGGGCCAAGCUGCUGGGAGUGCGGGUGCAAGUCCAUCCAAAGCUCAAGCUGCACGAGUUUGUGGCCAUUUACAUCGCCACGCAGAACUUCAUCGUUGCAACGGAGAAGGUUGGAGGACGCCCUGGGUAUGCGAUCCGCGGCACCCUCCAGUCUCAAGCACGGGACUUCGUCAACGCACAGCACAGCAGUCGAAUGUCAAAGAUCACGGCCCUCCUCGACGCCGAGAACUGGACGGCCGUCGAUGCACCGGACGAGUUCCAGGCAAUCGUCGACAGCUGGACUUACGAGGAGGAAGCCCACGUGGCCGAGCCGGAUCCUGCAAACGGGCAAGCCGCUGACGAAGAGUCUGUGGAAGGCAACGCGGAGAACGGGGCCGCGACAACGGCGGAGCAAACGGUGCCGCCUGUUGUAAACGGGGAGUCGUAUGCAAACGGAACGGAACAGCUGUUGCCGUCGAAGCCGGGGAGCGAAGCGGAAUCAUCGCAAGUCGAGCAGAGUCAAGAUGGUGGGCAAGGCUCGGCCAACGAGCAGGCGACAGGUGGCGAGCCGGCGGCGAGGGACGCGGAGAACGAGCAGCCCGCGCCUAGUUCUUCCCUGCCGGAAGGAUCCCUUAGCCGGCACAGCAGCUUCGGCGCGCUCUCGCGGACGCCGUCCGAAACGGACGUCACCGAAACUGCCGCGUCCGAACCCGGGGGGUCGGUUUCCGAGGCCGCUCGACCCCCCCAGUCCGAGUCCACGUCAGGCGGGGGGCGGUUCCCGAGGCGCCGCGACCCCCGCCAGCGGCAAAACGGCGGCCGCGGCCUCGGACAAAGCCGAUCGUGGUGCGGGGGCAGGAGUUUGCGGCGGUGCAAAGCUCCCUGA